AUGAAUUUAUUUACAAGAACAUCACCGAGGGACAAGAAGUCCAAUCUUUAUUACAUAACCCUAGUAGGUCUCCUCUGCAUCGGUAGCUACCUUCUCGGAAUAUGGCGAACAUCGGCGGUCAUUCCACGCGCCGCAUUUUAUUUCUCAAGCGGCCCACCGUGCGAGAAAUUCUCCAAAACCACUCUCACCAGAGAUCUCGACUUCAACGCGCACCACAACCCUCAUGAUCCACCUCCGGUGCCGUCAACCGCCGUGUCUUUCCCGUCGUGUGACGCUAAACUAAGCGAGUACACGCCGUGCGAAGACGCGAAGCGAUCGUUGCCUUUCCCUCGGGAAAGGUUGGAGUACAGACAAAGGCAUUGUCCAGAGAGAGACGAAGUCCUGAAGUGCCGUAUCCCGGCGCCGUACGGUUACAAGACGCCGUUCCGGUGGCCGGAGAGCCGUGACGUGGCGUGGUUCGCGAAUGUGCCUCACACGGAGCUUACGGUUGAGAAAAAGAACCAGAAUUGGGUCCGGUACGAGAAUGAUCGGUUUUGGUUUCCUGGUGGCGGUACGAUGUUUCCACAUGGUGCUGAUGCUUACAUUGACGAUAUUGGACGGUUGAUUGAUCUCAGCGACGGUUCGAUUCGUACAGCCAUCGAUACCGGUUGUGGGGUAGCUAGCUUUGGUGCAUAUCUAUUAUCGAGAAACAUUACAACGAUGUCGUUUGCUCCACGCGACACACACGAAGCUCAAGUUCAGUUCGCACUUGAGCGUGGCGUGCCAGCGAUGAUCGGAAUCAUGGCCACAAUCCGCUUACCGUACCCUGCUAGAGCCUUUGAUUUAGCUCAUUGCUCUCGUUGCCUUAUCCCAUGGGGACAAAACGGUUCAACUCUAAACCCUAAACAACUACGAAACUACUCUUUUUUGAGUCUUUUAACACUUUAUGUUAUGUUGUCAGAUGGGGUUUACUUGAUGGAGGUGGAUAGGGUUUUAAGACCAGGAGGGUACUGGAUACUGUCUGGACCACCGAUUAAUUGGCAGAAACGUUGGAAAGGAUGGGAAAGGACGAUGGAUGAUUUAAACGCAGAGCAGACACAGAUCGAGCAAGUUGCAAGAAGCUUGUGUUGGAAGAAAGUAGUUCAGAGAGAUGAUCUCGCAAUCUGGCAAAAGCCCUUUAACCACAUUCACUGUAAGAAAACCAGACAGGUUUUGAAGAAACCGGAGUUUUGUCGUCAUGAUCAAGAUCCCGACAUGGCCUGGUAUACAAAGAUGGAUUCUUGUUUAACGCCAUUACCUGAAGUUGAUGAGGCGGAGGAUCUAAAGACGGUGGCCGGAGGAAAGGUGGAGAAAUGGCCGGCUAGGUUAAACGCGGUUCCUCCGAGAAUAAACAACGGUGAUCUCAAGGAAAUCACACCGGAAGGUUUCUUGGGAGACACGGAAUUGUGGAAACAGAGAGUUUCUUAUUACAAGAAACUAGAUUACCAGCUGGGUGAAACCGGGAGAUACAGAAACAUACUCGACAUGAACGCUUACGUCGGUGGAUUCGCGGCGGCCUUAGCAGAUGAACCGGUCUGGGUCAUGAACGUUGUCCCGGUCGAAGCUAAGCUCAACACUCUCGGUGUCAUUUACGAACGUGGUUUAAUCGGAACGUAUCAAAACUGGUGUGAAGCGAUGUCAACGUAUCCAAGAACGUAUGAUUUCAUCCAUGCUGACUCGGUUUUCACGUUGUAUCAAGAUAAGUGUAAACCGGAGGAUAUAUUAUUAGAGAUGGACCGGAUUCUUAGACCGGGUGGUGGUGUGAUUAUAAGAGAAGAUGUAGACGUUUUGAUUAAGGUUAAGGAAUUAACCAAAGGGUUACAAUGGGAAGGUAGAAUUACUGAUCACGAGAAAGGUCCUCAUGAGAGAGUGAAGAUUUACUACGCGGUGAAACAGUAUUGGACUGUCACUGCACCUGAGGAAGAAAAUAAAAACAAUACUAAAGCUCUCUCAUGA